AUGCCUGGCGUGCCGACAGGGCGGGCCUGCGAUGCCUGUCGCAAGCAGAAGAAAAAGUGUGAUGAAAAGCAACCAUCCUGUGCACGCUGUCUACGCCUGAAGAUUCCCUGUGUGGGAUCGGGCCAGCUGCGGUUCAAAUUUCAGGAGGAGAAGUAUUACUCCACGCGGGCGAAGAAGCAACAAGCUCUGGUGUGGUCAACAAGUGGAUCGGACUCGUCUUUAUCACAGGCUUCCUCGCCGCCGUCAACGGUUACGCCUCCAGCAAAGCAAAGAAAAGCUCCAGUAGCAAGAUACAACGCUCGUGGACCACCAGAGUCCCCGCAGCCAGUCCCAGGCAAUGAGCUCUCCUCGAUGGCGAGUGCAUUCAUUGCUACGAUUAAACGCACGACCGACCUGCGGUAUAACCUAUGGUGGUCAUUCGGACUGUGGCUUGAAGAUGUACCCCGACGACUCGGCACGAACGAGGCGCUGGACCGUGCGGUGGAUGCACUGACUACCGCGCAUGCCGGGUUCUCCUGCAAUCAAGCUGUCUCGAUGGAGACGCUAUCAAAAUACUCCCAAGCGCUCCGCACGCUCAGUGUGUACCUGGAUGACCGGGUCCAUGCGCAAGCAUCCAGUACACUAGGUGCGGUCAUGAUCCUAUUAAUGUGUCAGAUGUUCAUGGGUCCCUCCAGUCGAAUGUUCUCGGGACAUGCAGAAGGUGCAGCGCAGAUCCUCAAAGCGCGGAAAGACUUUGGACCGCGUGAUCUGUUCGAGGCGAAACUGUUCUUGUCCCUCCGUGGUAGUGUUCUAUUCGAGGGCAUUUUCAAUGAACGAAUUGAUCUCACUCCAGAGGAAUGGGAUACCCUUGUGAGAAGCGACUACGAUAGCUCAACACCAGACGGCCAAAUAUUAGCUUGCUUGGCCAAAGCCCCUAGCCUGAUGCGGCGCGGCCGUAAAGCUCUCUGCACCGGCGCCGACACAGUUGAUGUCCGCGACGAAGUCUGGACAGUAUACCAAGAAUGCAAAAUGAACCUCAGCGUCCUCAAACACCGAUCUGUCGAAAACGACUUUUCGGAAAUGUACAAUGCCGCCAGUCCCAGCGGGCGGAAAUUCAUCAUCGAGUUCGGCUUUGCCCAUUUCCAGCGCUCGUAUGGCAUUGGUCUGGCCUGUACGCUGGUCUUCAAUUGCAUCCUGACCGCACUGGAUGCUCAUGAUGGCGCGACCAAGUUUGACGCCGAUUACCUCUCCGAGGAAAUUCUUGACCUGGCCAAACGCUCCGUGAUCUGGAGACCCAUUGGUGCGGGCUAUCUCAUGAUUUGCGUGUCGGCUGCUUGGGCUGCAACUUCAGAUGAGUCGUUGCAGAGGAGAUUGCUGGUUCAUGCAAAGGAAUUCAACAACGACUUCAGGAUACGCGACUCUUUAGUUCUUGAGAAAGAGAUGCAAUGGACGAAAGAGCAUUUGUGCCUUGGAAGGUCAUUUGCGCAUUCUGGGCUGUUAGAGUAUCAGUGA